UUUGGAUGCAGUUGAUCCAUCCCGACAUCAGGACGCCUACAGGCUGGCUGAUGGUUGUGGCCCAGGAAGGGAGAACAGUCUUGCCGCAUUGCUCCCGCACCAGAGUGAACCUGCAGGAAGUUCAUCUAUCGCUGUUGCUGUAUUCGUUCCUAGAGGCUGGAAUUCUGGACGCCAUAGUGGAAGUAAUUGUCUCAGAUGACUCCUUCCUAUCUGUCAGGGCCACCAUUCUGCUUGGUGAACUCCUACACCUGACCCAUCUGCUACUGCCGCCCGAAUGCUGUCACGUGACACCAGUGAUGCCAACAUUGGUGUCGUAUGCGGUACGCGGUCGACGCAGUGCUACCAGCUUGACGCAAACUAAUUUCGGCGCCAACCGCCAUCAGGCCGGCAGCAACAGUAGUGCUCACUACGAACGCUUCAGGCGUCAGAUGCAGCAGGACGAGCAGAGGAGGAUGAGGAGAAGGAGGGAAGCGGUAGGAGGAGGUGGUGGGGGUGGAGGAGAGGGGAAACGUGAGAGGAGGAGAACGGUUAGCGGGCAGAGUUGUCGAUCUCGCACAGUGUCGGACAGUUCGGGAGACAGAAGUAGAUUGGACAGAGACAGUGUAUCGGCCUCCAAUGAGCCAUACAGCGCUGGUCAAUCUAAACGACCUCGAAAGCAACUAGCCUACUGCGGGAUAUACAGAAUGUUCUCAAAGACAACUCAGAACUGAAUAGCAGUGCGACAUCGCUGGAUGACAACAAUCACGGACAACAACAACCACAGGACGCCGACAAAGUGGUACCAGAAAUCGUUGGAGAUGGUACCAAAGUGGUACCAGAAAUUGUAGGCGAUUCUGCCAAAGUGUUAACAGAAAUU